UCAUGACAGCAAAAGAGAAAACAGAUUCUAAUGCUGUAAUUUAUCUCACAAAAGACACAGCUUGAACCCAAGAAAGGGGUCACUUUCUCAUUGUCAAUUCCUGGAACAUUUGUUGAGGAGGGCUUUUGUAUUGCUUUAUCAAUGUCUUCAAAGUCUGUCAUGGGACCUGUCUCUUCUGAGGUAAGUAUAUGUAUGUUAUAUAUUAUAUAUUCAUGUUCGUGUUCAUGAAUUUUCAUUCAUUCUUAAAGAAAGUAAGGGGUGAGCCUAAAAUCAUGCAGAUAAAAUAUGUUCCAUCUCAGGAUACCCCAUUUGGAAUUCCAAAUCCAAAGAAAUCACAGGUUGUUGCCAAGCAUGACGUAGAUUCAGGCAACUAUCGCUCCCAUGACAAAAAAGCUGAGGGAAUAGUGAAACCAGGCGCCUAUUCGACAAAUACUUUGCCAUAUGGAAUCCAGCAUGGUAAUAAAAAUCCCAAUUCAAAGCCAAAUUUGACCAUAAUCCAGCCAUCCAAACCCCAAGAAGUGUAUCAUGAUUCGAAAGGUGUAACUGACUCAACAACCAACACUAAGUAUAGCUUAUAUCCUAGCCCAAAGGUGUCUCCAAAUUCUAAUCUGCAAACUACCUCCUCAACUGGGACAGUAGUUGCUGCUGGGGAAAUGCCUGCAAAUUCUAAGACCAAUGAGGCAAAGAGUACCAAUACCUUAAGCAACCAUGGCCAAGGCAUGACCAAUAGGGGUCGCAGUAACAGCUUAGAGAAUUCCUCUACCCAUUUUAAGCCUCACACUGGUGGUGAUAUAAGGUGGGAUGCUGUUAACGCAGCUUCGAAAGGGUGCUCACUUAAUCUCAGCAAUUUCCGCCUACUCAAACGCCUCGGCUAUGGAGAUAUUGGUAGUGUUUAUCUUGUUGAACUUAGAGGAACCAAAGCUUAUUUCGCAAUGAAGGUGAUGGACAAGGCAUCGCUGGCUAGUCGAAACAAGCUCCUGCGAGCACAGACAGAAAAGGAGAUACUUGGGCUUCUUGAUCAUCCAUUCUUGCCCACUCUAUAUUCAUAUUUCGACACUGACAAGUUCUAUUGCUUGGUUAUGGAGUUCUGUAGUGGAGGUAAUCUUCAUUCUCUUAGACAGAAGCAACCAAAUAAACACUUCACUGAGGAAGCUGCAAGGUUUUAUGCAUCAGAAGUAUUGUUGGCUCUCGAGUAUCUGCACAUGCUAGGCAUUGUUUACAGAGAUCUGAAACCAGAAAACGUACUAGUAAGGGAUGAGGGCCAUAUCAUGCUCUCAGAUUUCGAUUUAUCGCUGCGUUGCUCAGUUAGUCCUACACUGGUCAAGUCAUCCUCUGUCAAUGUGAGUAAUGGCGGUAACAGCGCAGCUAGUGGCAUUUUAGAUGAUGAGUUUGCUGUCCAUGGUUGUAUGCAACCAUCAACCUUCUUCCCACGCAUCUUGCCAAGCAAAAAGAAUCGAAAAUCUAAGUCAGAUUUUGGCCUCUUUGUCAAUGGCUCCCUUCCUGAACUGAUGGCAGAACCAACAAACGUUAGAUCAAUGUCCUUUGUGGGGACACAUGAGUAUCUGGCCCCAGAGAUCAUCCGAGGAGAGGGACAUGGCAGUGCAGUGGACUGGUGGACAUUUGGUAUCUUCUUGUAUGAGCUGUUACAUGGAACAACACCCUUCAAAGGACCAGGUAACCGCGCCACACUCUUCAAUGUUGUUGGCCAACCAUUGAGAUUUCCAGAAACGCCACAAGUCAGUUUUGUUGCUCGUGAUCUCAUUCGAGGCCUUUUGGUAAAAGAGCCGCAGAAGCGAAUUGCAUACAAGAGAGGUGCCACAGAGAUUAAGCAGCAUCCGUUUUUCGAAGGAGUUAACUGGGCACUGGUGAGAAGUGCCAUGCCUCCUCAUGUGCCUGACCCCAUAGACUUCUCUCAGUAUGCUAGCAAAGACGCACCAUCUCCUGCAGAUAAGAGAAUGGCAGAAGUUAAAGGUGCCAAAACUAAUAGUACUCCUGAUGAUUCUCCUUACAUUGAUUUUGAGUACUUUUAAGAGAAACAUUCCUUCUUUUAUUUAUUAUUUCAUUUUAAUUGAAAAUAUUGAUCCUUGGAGGAGACUUUAAAUGUACAAAAGAGGAAAAGUUGGAACCAAGUUAGCUGUAUCAAAUGUAAGUUUUAUCAAAGAAGAAGUUUCAUUGAUUUGUUAGAGGAAAAAGCCAGUGUAUUCUUGGCUUGGAAAGUACAUCCCAGAGUUGUCUUUUGUUUCUUUUUUGUUUUCCUUUAAUUCUUUUAUUCAUUUGUAUUUUAACAAAUUUUUUCCUUCUGUUUGUACACAUUUGUAUUUAUAAAUCAAAGCUAAUGUUGAUCGUUUUGUCAACAUAUCGAAUAUAGUUACAUUAAA